GGUAAGUGAUCUCUAACUACUUGAAUAUUAUAGUCCCCAUGCUUAUUUCUGUUUUUCUUUGUUAUUUUACACGUUCUGUUCUCAACCACCUCUGAAUCAAAACCCUCCCAAAUUUCCAAAGCAUCUCCUUUCUCUGCUCUCUGCCUACAUCUCUCCAACUCUGCAAGUCCCCUCAAGAUUCAACGGUGGAUUCUCCAUAUCCUUGUUUUAUGCCACCUUCACAGGUAGCUACUGUCUUCUAAUUUUGUUAGCGUCUCUCUUUUUCUUCACUAAUUCAUCCAAGAUUCUAGGCAACUGGGUUUGUUUUUCUUGAGAUUUGAAGCAUGCCCAUUUGGUUUUUAACUCAUUUCUAUUAUGGGUCUUGACCACACCAUGGUUCUGAGCUUGAAUUCUUGACUUCUUGGAUUGCAUUUGUAGAUUGUACAGUUAUUUUUUGUUUCUUUGUGCUUUUGAAGUUUUAUUGGUGACAUUGCUAAUAUGCUUGCAAAGUUGACGACUUUUUGAGGUGGCUGUAUGUUGGUUUUGAUUUCUGCUGGAUUUCAAUUUGAUAGUGAUUGGAUUUUUAUGGUUCUUGGAUUGGUUUUAUAAUAGGAUUGAAGUUAUAUAUGGAAAGACGGACUAUUUUGGAUCCUGAACCAACGGUUUGUAUUACAUGGGAGCAGUUUUGAUGUUUUCUGGAUGACUGGGAUAGUGAAUAGUUUCAAUGGACGAUUGACAUGAUGAAAAGUCUCAAAAGGGUUGCAUCCUUAAAACGCAGUGCAUCAAUCAACCGGAGGGCCUUGAAUGUUACAAGUCCAAGGGGAUUGAGUGUUUUAAGCCCAAGAAUCAGUCGGUGGAGUGGGGUUUCACGCUUGUUUCACGUUCUUGUGGUGAUUGGUUUUGUGAUUUCAUCCCUCAUUGCAAUUGGUUGUGGUUAUAUGUUUGUGCUCCCAAGCCUCAGCCAAGCCUUUUACGGGUAUGGUGCAUCCAAGACUAAUGUUUCAUUAAGUAGUUGCAAUAUUUUUAAUGGAAGUUGGGUUUUGGAUGAUAGCUAUCCAUUGUACAAUGCUACAGAAUGCCCUUUUGUAGAACAAGGAUUCAAUUGCUUGGGAAAUGGACGGGAAGAUAAAGAUUAUUUGCGAUGGCGAUGGAAGCCUAUGGAUUGUGUUAUUCCGAGGCCUGAUGUGCAAAGCAUAUUAGGAAUGCUUCGAGGCAAAAGAGUUGUUUUUGUUGGUGAUUCUAUGAGUAGAACACAGUGGGAGUCACUGAUAUGCUUGCUUAUGACAGGGGUAGAAGAUAAGAAGAGUGUCUAUGAAGUGAAUGGAAAUAAGAUUACAAAACGGAUUAGAUUUUUAGGUGUUCGGUUCAGUUCCUUUAACUUUACUGUUGAGUUUUUUCGCUCAGUUUUCCUGGUGCAACCGGGAGGGAUGCCUAGACAUGCGCCAAAGAGGGUCAAGUCGACACUUAAAUUGGACAAGUUAGACAAUAUUAGCAGCCAUUGGGUUAAUUCAGAUGUUCUCAUAUUCAACACAGGACAAUGGUGGGUGCCAGGAAAGCUUUUUGAAACUGGCUGUUAUUUCCAGGUUCGAAACACUUUAAAGCUUGGAAUGCCAAUUUCUGCUGCCUACAGAACUGCACUAGGCACAUGGGCAUCAUGGGUUGAGAGAAACAUCAAUACAAAUCGAACGCGUGUCUUCUUCCGAAGUUUUGAGCCAUCUCACUGGAGUGAUCAAACUCGUAGGUUUUGUAAUAUGACCCAGCACCCCCUAUCAGAAGCAAGAGGAAGGGACCGGAACCUAUUUUCAGAUACUAUUUUGGAGGUGGCAAAGAAUAUGACAGUUCCUGUAACUGUUCUGCACAUAACUUCCAUGACAGCUCUCCGGAGUGAUGCUCAUGUGGGUAACUGGAGUGACAGCCCAUAUACGCCUGAUUGUAGCCACUGGUGUCUACCUGGGGUACCUGAUGUGUGGAACGAAAUUGUCCUCUCUUACCUGCUUACAGGCUAUAGGCUUCAUUUCUGAUUAAUGGUGCAGAGUGGACAAAAGUGGAUUUACUGGUACCAGUUUUGAUGAAGCAAGUUGCCAAAACCUCCAGACUACCAGCACCCGUGGUUUCAAAGAUUGGAAGCCAGAAAAAUUGGGUAACAUUGAAUUGAGCUUAAGUUUAUUUCCUUUAUUACUUGUCAUUCUAUAGCAGCUCAGCGCCCGAACUAUUCUACAACUCUUCAAGAUAGCACCAAGUUUUCAAAAGAAAAUCUAAAAUUACACGGAGGAUACAAUUUUGCAUAGAAAUCAAUUUUUUCAUUCUUUUUGCAAAUUCUUUUGUAUUAAAAAGGGGCUAAAAUUUUGUCUCACAGAUGUAACAAAUUGUCCAUUCCUGUUCAUUAAUCACAGUUUUGAUUACAAU